AUGAUUACUGGCGAGAAUGGACAAACGCAUCGAUGCAGUACUCUUUUAGAUUCUGGCUCUCAAUCCAACUUCAUGACGAUGGACUUAUGCAAUAAAUUGGGUCUCCACACUGUUAAGACCGAUAUAAUAGUUGCUGGUUUGAAUCAAUCAAAGACUAAGGUUUUAGAAACCGCGACAGCAACGAUUGAAUCGAUGCAUACUGAGUUUAAGGAAAGGCUUAAUUUCUUGGUGGUUCCCAAAAUCACAUUCAACUUGCCGAGCGAACCAUUGGAUCUCAAGAGGAUUAACAUUCCAACAGAGGCUUCACUUGCGGAUCCAGAUUUCCACAAACCAAAGAAAAUGGACUUAUUAAUAGGCGUUGAUUUAUUCUGGGAUCUAAUUUGUUAUGAAACCUGUAAACAUCCCUAUCUAUAUAAAACAAAGCUCGGAUACGUAGUGUCAGGAAAACUAUCUCAGAAGAGUCACAGGAGUCCAAACAAAACAUGCAAUCUGGCAACGAAUGUUGAGGAUGUUUCGCAUUAUCUAAAGCAAUUUUGGGAAGUGGAAGAACUUCCAUUAGAACUGUCAGGAAAACUAUCUCAGAAGAGUCACAGGAGUCCAAACAAAACAUGCAAUCUGGCAACGAAUGUUGAGGAUGUUUCGCAUUAUCUAAAGCAAUUUUGGGAAGUGGAAGAACUUCCAUUAGAACGUCACUUGUCACCGGAAGAGCAGACGUGCGAAUCGCAUUUUUUAAAGACAACCAAACGUGACAGCAGCGGUAGGUUUAUCGUGUCCAUCCCAAUCAAGGCUUCGAUCAAUGAUUUGGGCGAAUCAAAAGGGCUGGCGGAGAGACGCCUAAAAUCAUUGGAACGAAAACUACGAGAUUGCGACAAAAUGCGAAGUGAAUACAUAAGUUUUAUGAGAAAAUACGAGGAGCUUGGUCAUAUGACGGCAGUCACUGACAGCGAUAGCACAAUCAAAUCACAUUACUUACCUCAUCAUGGAGUAAUAAAGGAAGGUAGCCUCACGACAAAGCUGCGCGUCGUCUUCGACGCCUCGGCCCCCACCUCGAACGGUGUGUCGAUCAAUGAUUUACAGAUGAUUGGACCUAAUACACAACGAGAUCUAUUAUCAAUCAUUCUAUGUUUCAGACAAUAUCCUUACGUAGUGGGAGCAGAUGUCGCGAUGAUGUAUCGUCAAGUGCGGAUAGAGCCAUCGCAGCGAUCGUUACAGCGCAUACUUUGGAGGGAGAAGCCAUCGGAGCCAAUUAUCACCUACGAACUAAACACUAUCACAUAUGGGAUGGCAUCUAGCUCGUUCCUAGCCAUUAGAUGCCUGUUCAGCUUGGCCGAUGAGCAUCAAGAAUCAUUUCCUAAGGCGGCAGAUAUCAUACGUAAUUCAAUGUACGUUGAUGACCUGCUGUUCGGAGCAACAUCGCGCGAAGAAACGGCUCGGCUGGCGGCGGAAGUGUCACAUAUCUUGGAAACUGGAUGCUUCGAACUGCGCAAAUGGAUUUCAAACGAUCCUCAAAUACUUGCAACUGUUGGACGAUCUGGUGACAUUCAUCAAUUCGUUAAGCUCGGAGAGGCUGAAUCCACGAAGACGUUAGGGUUAACGUGGUCUUGUAUUAAAGAUGAGCUAAUAUAUGAGACCGAGCUAGGAAUAGACAUCAAUCACAUGACGAAACGCUCUGUUUUGUCACAGAUAGCAAAGCUGUUUGAUCCAUUGGGACUUCUCGGCCCGAGCGUUAUAGUUACAAAGAUGAUUCUGCAAAGGCUAUGGAAAUUGCAACUUCCAUGGGACGAUCCACUUCCAGCCGAAAUACAAGCAGAAUGGAGAAGAUUCGUGCACGAGUUCCCAUCAUUAAGUGAACUGCGCAUCCCUCGACAGGUUUGCUGUUCAUCUCCGCAAAGGAUCGAGAUUCACGGAUUUUCAGACGCGAGCGAGGCGGCUUAUGGCGGAUGCGUGUAUGUGCGAUCGACAAACGAAGCGGGAGCUUCCGUUGUUAAGUUGCUAUGCUCCAAGUCAAGGGUUGCACCUUUGAAGACCCUCACGAUACCUAAGCUAGAAUUAAGCGCUGCACACGUAUUAACGCAGUUGGUGCACAAGGUUGUGUCGUCGUUGGAUGUGAAGAUUAACCGCAUAUAUUAUUGGAGUGACUCCAUCAUUGUUUUAAGCUGGAUACGGCUUGAGCCUUAUCGUCUUCAGACUUUUGUACGCAAUCGAGUAGCAGACAUACAAGAACGAUCCGUGCCUGGCAACUGGAGGCAUGUUCCAUCUACAGACAACCCGGCCGACUUAUUAUCUCGAGGAGUGGCACCGAGGACACUAGUUAAGGCAGAGUUGUGGUGGCACGAACCCACAUGGCUAACGGAAUUAGAAGGUCAAUGGCCAAGGGAAGACAAGCACAUUCCGAUCGACUUACCUGAAAUAAAGAAGAUACCAUCCGAAUUGCGCACUUUGCAUGCUACAACGACAGAAUCGAUAUUAAAAUUUGAAAACUACUCUAAGCUGGAAAGGAUUGAAAGAAUAAUAGCUUACUGUAAGAGGUUCAUAAGCGUGCGAGUGUACAAGUCAACAAUCAAGGGUCCCUUCAACGCGGAAGAGAUUCAACAAGCGACAAUCACGUUAGUGAGACUGGCACAGCGGGAAUCGUUUCAGGAAGAGAUUCUUACAUUAUCAAAGGGCAAGCCUUUGUGCGCGCGAAGCAAACUCUACAGCUUGAAGCCUUUUCUGCACGAGGACAACACUUUGCGAGUGGGAGGACGUUUGGCACAUUCCGAGUUCGAUUUCGACAAAAGGCAUCCAAUGAUAUUAUCGUCAAAACAUUGCUUAACGAAACUCAUCUUCGAGAACGAACACAGGCUUCUUCUACAUGUUGGACCUCAGUCUUUGUUGGCACAAGUGAGAGAGAAAUACUGGCCGAUCGGGGGAAGAAACCUGGCUCGUCAAGUUGUACAUCGUUGCAUUGUGUGUUUCCGUAACAAACCAAAGGCGAUUAUCCCACAAAUGGCUGAUCUGCCACGCGAUUGGGUCGUUCCAGCUCCCGUUUUCCAUAACACUGGUGUUGAUUACGCGGGCCCCUUUUCUACAAGGGAUCGGAAAGGAAGAGGAUGCAAGACCUACAAGUCAUAUCUUUGCCUGUUUAUUUGCAUGACUACAAAGGCUAUUCACCUGGUCUCUGAUCUCACAACCGAAAAUUUCAUCAUGGCAUUACGAAGAUUUGUGUCUCGCCGGGGUAGGCCAGGAAAAAUAUUCUCUGACAAUGGUACCACGUUCGUCGGGGCUAACUCAGAACUGAAGGCGUUCAGCGAAUUUUUUGCGGAAAAUGAAAGGAUCUUACUGGAUCGCUUAAUCGAAUCGAUUCUGAACUCUCGGCCUCUAUCCCCGAUGUCGUCUCAGCCUUCAGAUAUGCAGCCACUUACUCCAGCUCAUUUCCUAGUCGGACGAGCGAUGACGACCGUGCCAUGUCCGGAUGUAACCAACGUGAUUGAGACGCGGCUUUCACGUUAUCAAAGAAUACAGCAAAUGCAACAAAAUUUUUGGAGAUGGUGGUCCACGGAGUUCAUAUCCGAAUUGCAAUGUCGCACCAAGUGGAAAACAAACAUGGGCAGCCUCAGAAUGGAUGAUUUGGUGUUGAUCAAGGAUAAUAGUGCGCCUCCAUUACGUUGGCGACUUGGCAGAGUCACCGAGCUCCACUCGGGAUCUGAUUCCGUAGUCCGAGCCGCUACAAUUCGGACAGUCAAGGGACUCAUUCGUCGCGCCACAGUAAAUCUGUGUCCUCUACCCAUUGAGACAAUAAGCAUUCAAGGCACUUAG